AUGGGAGCCUACUGCAGUUGCUGUCCCUCGGCGCCGACCAUUGGCCCGUCGCGCGCCGUUGCUUCGCUUUUUGACGAGAGCGGAGAGCGUCCGUCCGCAUGUGGACGCUUUACGGCUGUCCGCCUGUGCUCUGCCAAGCACCCCCACUUCGCUGCUGCCGCGGAGACGCUGGCUCGCGCCUUUUGCGGCAGCGAGAAGACCAACCCGGACCCAGCGACCGGCUGGGUAUACAGCGGAACGUGUGAUUCCCUGUUGGCUCCCCUUCCCGGCCCGCCGUCGGAGAAGCGUUUGCAGUGGUUCCGCUGGCUCACCAGGAUGGCCAUGCACUGGGCUCUGCAGAGAGGCGGUGCCUAUGCGCUGCUGGACCGGGCGGAAGGAGUCGUCGUUGCCGUCACUCUUGUGAGUCCGCCGGGUGCGCCCUCGGUCGAUGAGCUCGGGUUCUGUGGGGAGCUGGGUCUCAUUUGCAAGGCCGGGCUUCCGCCGUUUUCGACGGAUAGCGAGCGUACGGGAGCGGAGUUCGGCAGCUGUAUGGAUCGCAUGCGGACAUUGGAGACGACGCUGGUCAAGGCGCACAACGAACUAGAGGCUGAAGCGGCAGGGUCUGGCAAGAGCGGCGACCUUCACGUCGCCAUGGUGGCCGCCGACCCACAGAGGCAGGGACAAGGCGUCGGCUCCGCUCUGCUCCAGCUCGUCUCGGAUAUCGCCGAUGCCGAUGCGGUGUCUGCGCACCUCGAGACGCUUGGAGAGCGCAACGAAGGCUUUUAUGCCAAGAAGGGGGGGUAUCGGCUGGCAAAGAGGGUGGUCGUGCAGCAUAAGAACUGUAGGCUGGAUCUCGACGGCGGCAUUGCGUUGAUGGUGAGGCCGGCGAAGUGCCGAGCCGAGUCUAGCUAGCUGCCAUCCCAUUACACUGCCGAGGGCGUCGACGGCAGGUCAGCCAAUCUGAGUGAUACAUCGUUGGUGGAGGCCAGGAAUGCAGCCUCGCUCCAGCAUUCAUGAGUCACUCAGAUUGGCUGACCUGCACGCGUCUAGCUGCUCAUUCCUUCGUCAUGCUUCAUGAGGACCGACAACGUAUCGUUCUUGAAGGACGAUUCAUCGCUGUCGUUGCUUACGCCUGGACAAUUGUGAUGGACGAGCCAAG